CAGGAGUUAUAUGACUGUUUCUACACCGAGUAGGCUAUAGUUGUUCAUACAUUCAACUUGUAAAGUUGUUUUUUAGUGUCUAUAACUGCAUCUUUAGGAUUUUGAAUAAAUAAAAUGAAUGCUUCAGCAAGUGCAGCAAUACUUUUAAGUAUUUUAGGAUGCGCUGAUAUUAUAGUGGCAACUUUUGCGCCCGGAUGGUUGAGUACUAAUGUCCUCGGGGUAACAGGUUCAGAGGGACCGCUUUUGGUGUGCAUCAGCGGUACCUGCAGAGUGAUUAUUCAGAACAGACCCGCUUCCAUUCUGGCCGUUUUCUCUCUCUUGUGCUUGGCAACUGUGACGGGAAUUUUCGGGUUGGUUUUAUUAAUCAUUGGCGGUUGUUGUUCUUCUGAUCGAAACAUGUUCUCUAGUGGAUCCGCAAGCGUGUUAGUUUCAGGCAUUUUUGCAUUGGCUGGAGUUGCCACAUACACCGGCGUCACAGCGCAAGCUGUUCAAGCUUCUUCCUUUCUCUCUUACUACUACUGCUUUGGGAUGUGUUGGGCCGGAGCAUUCCUUUCCUUGAUGGCUGCAAUGUUGGGCUUUCUUGGUGGAAAACUACUAUAGACUUUUUUUACUUAGUUGUAUAUAUAACUUGAACGCAUUUCGGAAAGUUGUCUACGUGUACUUUUUAGUAAGUAGCUCAGCAGGCUCGGGAAGAUGGGACACCUUUUCAUUCUAUUUUCUCGUCCCAUUUGGUAGGAAACAAAGAACAUUCAAAGAAUUGUUAAACUGUAUCCUUACGCUUCCCAUAAAGCGUUGUUAAUUGUUUAAAACACGAUCAGGAUAUUUGGAUAAUAUGUGCUAAAGGUGUCCCAUGUUCCUCCACUUUACUAUAUGGUAAAAAUUUAACUCUUUUAAAAUGACUAAAGUAAUAUAUUGAACUUUCACUAAUAUUAUAUAGAAGAUUGGGGUAAGAUGGUCCUAUAUUUUAAUUCUCUUUUAUCGUCUCAUUUAUUAGUAAACAAAGAACAUUUACAGAACUGUAUAAACGUACCGUCACAACUAUAUAUGAAGGCGUUGUUAAUUGUUCAAAACACGAUUCGGAAAUAUGAAAUACUAUGUGUUAAUGGUAUCCAUCUUACCCCACAGCCACAGUACUAUAUAUUUCUGCAUAUUUUAUAACUUUUCUGUGGAAAUUAACUAUUUAAGCGCAUAUACACAAUUCCCCAAUAAAAUUUGUGAGAACUUUC